UUUUUUUUUAUUACAAAAUGAAAUAAUUUCUAUCUAGAAAACUUUUUUUUUUUACAAUCACGUUAUGAGUUUACGUUUAUACGGUCUAUGCCAAUUUUGGAAAUACUAAUUAAAUUUAUUUGUAAUUUGUGAUUGAUUGUCUUAAAAAACUAUAUAAAGACAAUUAAACCCUUUAAAAUCGAAAUUUCACAUUUUUUUUAAAUAAAUAAAAUAUAUAUUUAUUUAUUAAAAAAAAAAAAAAAAAAAAAUGUCGAAUCCAAAUAAUCCGAAUAAUCCGUUCUCACCAUAUUUAACGGAAGAGAAUAACAAUAACAGCAAUAAUAAUAACAAUGAUAAUGAGAAUCAAAAUAAUAAUGAAAAGAAUAACGAUAUUUCAAAAAUCUUAGAAGAAGGCACAGCGACAGCUAUUCCACCACCAGCUUACAAUGAGAUAGAAAGACCACAACCUACUCAAGCAGGUUUUGACUAUCCAUCAUAUCCUCCCCCUCCAUUUCAAGCAUCGGAAAUGCCAGUUGGUGAAAAUAACUACUCUACAAUUGUACAUAGUGAAAGAAGGGGUAUGAAUUAUCUAAUUGUUAUGAAUGUUAUUAUUUUAAAAAAUGAUUAUAUUAAUUAUAUAAAUCAUUUAUUUUAUUUAGGGCGUAGAGCUGCAUGCUGCUGUGCCGGAAAUUCGAAAAGAAAUAAGACUUGCAAUUGCGGCUGGAUGAUCGUUUUGAUUAUAUUCAUUAUUCUAGGAGUAAAUAUGGUUUUUUUUUUCCUUACUGCGCAUACUACGCAUUUUAUGUUAAUAUUUUAAUUUGUAUUUUUUUUUUUUAGGUUCUUUCAAUAAUAAAUAACAAUGCAUGCAAUAACAUAAGUUUAGGAGCAAAUCCGGAAAGAUUUAGUUUUGAUACCAGUACCAGUACAAUUUUCCGAGUUAAUACAGAUGAGGCUCGAGUUAGACGUGGUGAAAUUAGAAUUU